UGCCUUCUGUAUACUGAAUUCAAGGAACUAUUUCCAUUCUUUGCCCGACUGCGCAUUCUUAUCAAAACAGACAGCGUGAUACGUAACAACAUUGGGAAGUUGACAAAAUUUCUGCUGCAAAGGACAUCAAUUUGUACCUUAAAACAUGGAGGAAGAAAUAACAUCAGGAAGUGACAACAUAGUUACUGAAUUCAAUACUUAUGAGGAUUUCUUAGAUUCGCAAAUUUCUUCACUAGAUUUGUAUUAUUUAGAGGAUGAAGAACUUGCGAGACAACUUGUUGAACUGGGAUACAGAGGGAGUGGGGAAGUCUUGAAGAGAGAAGAAUUUGAAGCCAGAAAACAAGCGGCAGAAGCCAGUAGACUGUCAAAAAGAAGCCAACAAAAGACUCUAGCCAGCUCUGGAAAGGAUCUGAAGAACUCAUUCUUGAAGGCCCUAGCCCAGCGGGAGGAAGCCAACAGGAGUGGUAAGAUGACCUCAAUCAUCUUCAUCCGAGACAAGAACUCGAGAGGACAGGAGAUCUCAGGGUACAUUGACUACGCUCAUAGACUCAAGACGGAGGACUUUGAACCGUACUUCAGCGGAAGGAAGAGGCUUCUCCCGAGGCCGUCAGACUUGAGCUUUUACAAUUGGGAGACACAGACAUCAACAUCUAACCCAACUCCAAACUACCAGGUCAUCGCUGAGAAUGCAACCGGGCUCCUCUUCAAGAAUAAACGUGAUCGCAAGAUCCUCAAUGUGGAUCCUAAAGCGCCCUCUCCAGGUGAUAACUCUACAAGGACUCCCAUCGAGUGUCCACAGUACAUCCAGGUCGUCAUCUAUGAUCAUAUCACCAGGAGAAAGACAUAAGAAAUUAGAAAUUUGGGGCUUUGGAAGGACUUUAAAAAGAAAAAUCACCUGUCAGACACAAUUAUAUUCUAUAGUAACAACACUUAAAAGGUGACAGACAUGAGAACUGAGAAAUUUCUAAAUUUAGAAGAAACUUUGAAAAUCUGCUAUUGGAAAAUUAGCCUUUCACAUACUGUAUUAGAUAUUAUGCCAACAGCCACAUUAAACCUGCACCACCUCCCCCUCUCUAUUUCAGCUGUUAUAUUUGUACAAGGUCAAUAUUUUCCAAUGAAAAUAGUUCUCUUGUGUAGGUGCAUUUCUAAUUUAUUGAAUAAAGCAUGAGAUCCAUUUGCUAUUGAGUCUAUUAAUAGUCCUAAACUGAAAGGUCUGCAAAUUAAGGCUACAUGUAUAUAUCAAGCAACUUUUUAGAAAUCAAAUCCCUUAAUUUUAGACAAAAAUCCUUGUCUAAGUUGAAAUUGUACAUGUGGAGGGGUUGUGAUUUUAUUCAUUCAUCAUUACUAUUAAUUAUUUUUGCCCGUUUAAUAAUACAUUGUUCAAAUACCUUACAUUAUCUAAUUAAAUAUGACCAUAGGCUUAAAUCUAUUGGGCCUUGUGUAAUACUAACUUUAUAAUAUGACUUCACCAAUGUUAUAAUGCCUUUCAAGUUAUCAGGAACCCCCCCCCCCCUUCAAGUUUAUUUUCUGAAUGGACUGAAAAGAAUAAAGAACUAAGAAUGACAUUUCUCAUUUGACAUGCCUUUCUUUGCCGAGAUUUAUUCCAAGAAAGAUCACUCACGAUUCAGCUACCUUCAUGUUCUAUAAAAUAUUGUUAGUGCUUUCUUUUUUAUGAAGUUAGAUUAUUAUU